AUGGCUUCCAUCAAUACCAUCAAUGAUGGCGUUGCCAUUAAUGCACCCAUCAAAGACUCGUAUCGGAAGAUCCUUACUCCCGAAGCAACCGCUUUCCUAGCCCUUCUCCAUCGCACCUUUAAUUCGACGAGAAAAGAAUUACUCAAGAGACGAGAAGUUCGCCAGGCGGAACUCGACCGUGGAGUUCUGCCAGAUUUCCUCCCCGAAACCAGGCAUAUCAGGGAUUCAGACAGCUGGAAGGGAGCCCCUCCCGCCCCCGGCUUGAUCGACCGAAGACUCGAGAUCACAGGGCCCACCGACCGCAAAAUGGUUGUCAAUGCUCUGAACAGCAACGUUUGGACAUAUAUGGCCGACUUUGAGGACUCUCAAGCACCUACCUGGGAUAACCAAGUAUCCGGUCAAGUGAAUCUAUAUGACGCCAUUCGCAGACAGGUAGAUUUCAAGAUUGGGGAAAAGGACUACAAGCUUCGCACAGACCGAGUACUACCUACCCUGAUUGCCCGACCCCGGGGUUGGCACCUCGAAGAGAAGCACUUCACUGUCGACGGCGAGCCCAUAUCUGGAUCUCUCUUCGACUUUGGUCUUUACUUUUUCCACAACGCCCAUGAGCUUGUCAAGCGAGGCACCGGUCCCUAUUUCUAUCUGCCCAAGAUGGAAUCGCACCUUGAAGCCAGACUCUGGAACGAUGUCUUCAAUCUUUCGCAAGACUAUAUUGGCAUGCGCCGAGGCACCAUCCGCGGCACUGUCCUCAUCGAGACCAUCUUGGCCGCGUUUGAGAUGGACGAAAUCAUCUAUGAACUCCGUGACCACUCGGCCGGUCUCAACUGUGGCCGUUGGGAUUACAUCUUUUCCUUCAUCAAGAAAUUCCGCCAAAACCCUCAGUUUGUUCUACCGAACCGAGACGACGUCACCAUGACGGUCCCCUUUAUGGACUCGUAUGUCCGACUGCUGAUCAAGACUUGCCAUCGUCGUGGCGUUCAUGCCAUGGGUGGCAUGGCGGCUCAAAUCCCCAUCAAGGACAACGCAGAGGCAAAUGACAAGGCUAUGGACAAGGUCAGACAGGACAAGCUGCGUGAAGUCCUUGCCGGGCACGACGGCACCUGGGUGGCACAUCCAGCCCUUGCACCCAUUGCCGCCGAAGUCUUCAAUAAGCAUAUGCCCACGCCGAACCAACUGUUCAAACGCCGUGAGGACGUAUCCAUCACCAGGAAUGACCUGCUGAACACCAACCUGCCCGGCUCGGUGACCGAGGACGGCAUCAGAAAGAACCUCAACAUUGGCUUGGGCUACAUGGAAGGCUGGCUCCGUGGGAUCGGCUGUGUGCCCAUCAACUACCUCAUGGAAGACGCAGCCACGGCCGAAGUGUCGCGAUCGCAAUUGUGGCAAUGGGUCAAGCACGGUAUCAAGACUGCGGAGGGCAAAACUGUCGACAAGGCUUACGCCCUCAAGCUGCUGAAGGAACAAGCCAAUGAGCUGGCGUCCAAGGCACCGAAAGGAAACAAAUUCCAACUUGCUGCCCGGUAUUUCGAAGGCCAAGUGGUUGGUGAAGACUAUGCGGAUUUCUUGACAAGUCUGCUCUACAACGAGAUCACAACUGUCGGCUCCUCCCAGCCUGUUGCAAAGCUAUAA